AUGACGACUAAGGCUGUUCACCUGAAGGCCGUGUCCGAUUUGAGCACCGAUGCUUUCCUGGCUUCUCUUCGACGACUGAUUGCUCGACGGGGCAUGAUUCGUGAGUUGCACUCGGAUAAUGCUUCUAACUUCCGAGGCGCCAACCAUGAAUUAAGAACAUUGUACCAACAAUUCCAUAAUCAACAAUUCGUUGAGUCGAUUCAGCCUUUCUGUAGCAGCCGUGAAAUCGAGUGGCACUUCAUCCCAUCAGAUGCCCCUGAAUUUGGCGGCUUGUGGGAAGCGGCGGUGAAAUCCUGCAAAACUCAUCUUAAACGUAUUGUCGGUAACGUGAAGUUAACUUUUGAGGAACUGGCUACAGUCUUAGCACAGAUUGAGGCUGUCAUGAACUCCAGACCGCUGUUUACCAUCUCCAAUGAUCCAGCAGAUCCACUUGUGAUCACGCCAGGUCACAACCUCAUCGGUCGACCACUUACAGCUCCCGCUGAACCAUCGUUAGAAGAUGUCAAGGUUUCUCGUUUGAGCCGCUGGCAGCAUCUCCAACUUCUCCGUGAACAAUUUUGGCGUGCUUGGAGCCGAGACUAUUUAAACACCCUAUAA